GUGAGAAAAAUAAGAGAGGAGGAAGGAACAUAAUCGGGCGACGUGUAUGGUGUGUCUGCCUUUUUAUCAGUGGUCGUCGGUGCUCUUGGAGAAUACUAGAAUCGAGGAGGGCGUGGAUAGAAGUGGCCUAAGUUUGUGUGCAAGGCGAACGACUGAGAGCUGGGAACAACGACAUCAGGACCUAGAGGAGAACGCGAGUGCGAUUCGGCAUUCUCAUAUCAUCCAAGCCGAUCGACCCUCCGAUUUCACUCCAUUUCAGCGUGUUGUCGUAGGCGGAUUGGAAGGAAAGAAAGAGAAGAAAUCACGAGAAUAAUGAGUUUCGAGGGCGCAGGACAGGAAGUCGGACUGGAAAUCUGGAGGAUCGAGGACUUUGAAGCCGUUCCUUAUGAUAAGUCCAAGUACGGUAAAUUCCACACAGGAGACUCCUACAUUGUCUUGAAUACCUUUACCAAAGGCUCGAGCCGCCGUUUGCAUCGAGACAUUCACUUCUGGCUGGGAUUGGAGACCUCCCAAGAUGAAUCGGGAACGGCAGCCAUCAAGUCCGUGGAAUUGGAUGACUCCCUUGGUGGCAUGCCCGUUCAACAUCGGGAGGUUCAAGAGCACGAGUCCGCCCUCUUCUUGUCUUACUUUAAAGCUACUGGCAUUAAAUACUUGCCGGGAGGCGUCAAAACCGGAUUUACCCAUGUCGACCCUGAAGAUGUGGUGAAGCGAUUGUUCCAAGUCAAAGGCAAGCGGAACAUCAAGGUCAAGCAGGUCCCCAUGUCCCCGGAGUCGAUGAACAAGUCGGAUUGCUUCAUUCUUGACUUGGGGCGAGACCAUGACGUGUUGGUGUAUAUGCCUCCUGGAGCCCGAAAAAUGGAGAGAUUCAAGGCCACACAGACUGCUAAUGAGAUCAGAGACGAAGAUCAUGCGGGUGAAGGCACGGUGGAAAUCAUUGAUGAAUAUGGAGGAAGCCGAGCUCGGUUUUUCGAAGAGCUCGGAUCUGGAUCCGAGGAUGAGCUGCCCGAAGCGGAGGGCGAUGAUAUCGAGGCCGAGAAGCUAGCGAAUCGAGAAAUCACACUGUUCCGUGUCAGUGGAACGGGUGAAAAUAUUGAGGUCGUGGAGGUAUCAGGAGCACCAUUGAAACAUGGACUUCUGGAGCAAUCGGUGCUUCAAUCAGAGGACUGUUUCAUCCUGGAUACCGGUUCCACGACCGGAAUCUUUGCCUGGAUCGGUAAGGAGUCCAAUAAGGAAGAACGAGUCCAAGCCAUGGUUACAGCCGAGGCAUUCCUCGAGAAGAAUGGAUUGCCGAAAUGGACUCGAGUUGAAAGAAUCGUCGAUGGAGGAGAGACAGCCAUGUUCAAGCAGUACUUCAGGGACUGGAAAGAGGAUAUGGACGACCCUUGCACCGGGUUGGGACGAUUCUAUCCCACAGAGAAGAUCGCCGAAUGGGAUGUGAGCUCCAUGCACGCGGAAAAUCGGUCCCGCUUGGCUCGAAGUGCCGGAGCGGCCAUUGGCUUUAUGCCGGAUGAUAGCACGGGCAAGAAGGAGAUUUUCCGAAUUGAGGAUCUUGAGAUGGUGCCUUUGGAAGAGGACAAAUAUGGCAUGUUCUUUGGGGGAGAUUCGUACGUGAUCAAAUACUCGUACGAGAAGGAUGGUCGAAAUGGAUAUAUCAUUUACUUCUGGCAGGGAGCUCAAAGUAGUCAAGAUGAGAAGGCAGCCUCUGCCAUAUGUGCCGUUCAACUGGACGACCAAUUGAGCGGCAAGGCCACUCAAGUCCGCGUGACGCAAGGACGUGAGCCACGGCAUUUCAUUAAGAUGUUUGGUGGUAAGAUGGUGGUGUUCUCCGGGGGAAAAGCGUCUGGCUUUAAGAAUGUCCACGACCACGACACCUAUGACACGGAUGGCACCCGCUUGUUCCGUGUUCGUGGAACCUGUGCCGAGGAUGUCCGGGCUGUUCAAGUGGAGGAAAAGGCGGCGUCUUUGAACUCGGAUGACACUUUCAUCCUGGAAACGCCAAGCAAAACUUUCAUCUGGAAGGGACAAGGAACUUCUGAUGACGAGAAGGAGAUCGCUCGAGGAAUGAUUGAAGUCGUAUCUCCUGGAAGAGAAGUGGACGAGGUUGAAGAAGGAUCCGAGACAGAAGCAUUCUGGGCGGGUCUGGGUGGACAAGGCGAUUAUGACAAGGGUUUCAAUAUGAACUCGCCCAACUUGGAGCCAAGACUUUUCCACGUGAGCAAGAUGCCCAAUGGAAAAUAUCGUGCCUUCGAGUUUGUAAAUUUUGAACAGAGGGAUCUCAUGAGUGACGACGUCAUGAUUUUGGAUUCGGGAGAUGAGGUCUAUUUAUGGAUUGGUCGUGAAGCCGACGAGGAGGAGAAGGUUGAAGGCCUGAAUAUUCUAAAGGAGUAUGUGGAAACUGAUCCAACUGAGAGAAGCGAGAAAUCCGCUUUGUUCUUCGUGGUAAAAGAAGGCGAAGAGCCAAGUUCAUUCACAUGCAUGUUUCCCUCAUUUUCGCAGGACUAAGGCCAACGCACGAAAAUCCAAGGGUGCAUACACAAAACUACAUUUCAAUCUGAUUCACAUUGUAUUUCAUCACAUAUGGUCAAAAUAAUCGUGUUUUUAAUCACUAA